GCGUAGGCAAAACAAUUCAACGGGGUAAAGAUGACAAACCGCUGACCAGUUGAGGACCAAGCUUGGAUUCGAGUCCUGUCGGGGAUGCUCGUUAGAAAAUUUAUAUUACAUAACCUGGGCGUGUCUCAGCGUUAUUUGACUCCAAAAGAUACUAUAAAAAUAACUGUGUGCUUGUUCGGUCUUGACCAACAACAAAGUAUGACGUUGCAACACUAAACGAUCCCUUGAUGGCUAAUUUAUAAUAAUAAUGGCUUUCCACCUUGAACACCCUAACGGAUAACAAAAUCUUCAGUUUUCACUCCUCACCGAAACGACGUUCGUGCCCGACCCUUAAACUUCAGAGCGAAAAACCGUACUAUGCAGCUUUCUGCGCAUCCCUAGCCCUACUUGUGGGCUCAGGUAAUAAUGCAGGCUGCAAUGGUGGAAAGAACGGCGGACUGCUAAAAAGGUACGCGAGGAUGUCGUUCGGUUGAUUUAUUUAUACAUGGGUAAGCAUGAAUUUUUUUCCGCAUUUCACUGUUAAGAAAACAAGGCUCCCCUCCCUGCUGAGAGGCUUUCUUGCUUAUAUAUUCAGUGGUGCACUGAUAUGGACGCAAUACGUAAAGAGUGUCCGUGGAAAAAUCUCUCUUCGCACCGAAAUUUCUUGUAUACCGCGGGGAAAUAAAGGGUUCGGAAACCUUUAGGUUAAUGUUGUCCGAAAAAAAAUUGAUUCCCCAAGAAAGUAAUACACCAUCUUUCCAUUAGUGACGUUAAAAUGUUGCUGCUUACCGGAAAAAUUGAGAAAGCAUAUAAAGUUCGCAACUAUUUUUGUUUACACGAUCGACGAAAUUCCCGCAAUUUCUUCAAACUUGGAGACUGGCGCGAGGCCAAAACUCGCGCAUGCUUUUCACGUUUUUCCGCUUUGAACCCGAAUUACGAAUUUCCCUUGCCCCCAGCCCCACGCGGGAUUGCGUGACUAUCAAGGUGUGCCAACAGUCGUGAGCGAAUAUAUUUUGUCUCAAAAGUAAACAACAGUCCGUCCAGCAAUAUGAUGGAAUUUAGAACGCUGCUGUGUCUUGUAAUGCUUUCAAGUUGCUUGGCUGCAAACUUUGUCAUGUUUCCUAUGUUUGGAAGAAGCCAUUACAUGUUUGUGGCUCGGCUUGGGCAAGAACUGACCGAGAGAGGUCAUCAGGUGAAGAUAUUUGUGGGAGCAACUCAGAGUUACGCCGCAAAUGAUUCAAAUGUCCGAGUUUUCAAAGAUGACAAGUUCGCAGCAAUUUACAGACAAAUUCGGGCAUCAAGUGGACCUUCCGGCAUGAAAACUGCGGGUGUAACAGACCUAUUAAGAAUACUGCCGAAGAUCCAGUCAGUUUACUGUGAUGAAAUGCUUAACGACUCAGAGUUAAUUAGAGAAAUUAGCCAUGCUGAUGCUGUCGUUGGCGAAUUAAUAUAUCUCUGCUCGUCUUUAGUCGCCGAUAAGUUGUCUCUUCCACAUGUACUCAUAUCUGCUUCCACUCUCUCUUCACCCACGGCGGUUGCGCUUGGAUUACCCUCCCCUCCCUCCUAUGUGCCGCAGUGGGGUACUUCUCUUACACAUGAGCUGAAAUUUGUGGACAGAAUGAAGAAUGUGUUGCAGUGGAUGUUAACAUAUUAUUUCUACAUCUACGAUUUCUGUCCGUUGUUCAACGAGGUUAAAACAAGGCACAACAUCACACCCGACAAGCCCAUACAAGAAACUCUUGGCAGAGUUGAUAUGAUAAUUGGUCAGAUGGAUUUCACAUUGGAGUAUCCACGACCUCUCCUUCCAAACACUAAAGUUGUGGGUCCAUUCCUACCCAGUCCUGCUAAGCCUCUGCCAAGCGACUUGGAUCAGUUCGUGAAGGAGACUGGGGGGGAUGGAGUGAUCUUGGUGUCGUUUGGUACUGUAUUAGAAGGAAUGAAGGAAGCUUCAUUGCAAAUGAUGGCCAAAGCCUUCUCCAAACUUCCACAGACGAUCAUAUGGAAACUCAAUCUGGAAGACACAUCCAAAGUUUCAGUAAGUGACAAUGUAAAAUUGUUGUCAUGGUUACCACAGAACGACAUUCUUGGUCAUCCCAAGACGCGCCUAUUCAUAGGUCACGCAGGGCUCAACGGAAUCCUGGAAUCCACGUACCAUGGUGUCCCUAUGAUUUGUUCGCCUUUUUUUGGAGACCAGUUUGAUAACGCCCGGAUUGCAAAGCACGCUGGGUUUGGCGAGGUGAUGGACGUAGAUACUAUGUCAGCAGACGAGUUUAUUAAUCUGAUUCGCAAGGUGUUAACCCAACCCAGAUAUCGCGAGUCCGCGGAACGAAUAUCAAGAUCCAUCAAGCGAUUGCCGCGUCCGCCCAUCAAAGAAGCCGCUGAUUGGGUGGAGUACACGCAGGCUCAAGGUGGUUUGCAGUAA